GAAAGUAAAUUCAAAUUAUCGAGCACGGCUUAUUGUUAUCUUUUUCUACUACGUCACGGGUUCUCGUUUUGGACCGGGUGUUGGGAAUGCAAGUGAAUUUGAAAAUACGUGCCAGGUAGAUAUAAAUGAAAUAGGUACAAAGGUACAUUGAGAAUGGAAAUUUGGGUCUGACGGGAAAGGUGAACCAAGGUCCUGGCAGGUGUAUCGAUUUUUUCUCGGGUGUUGUCAAAUCUGAAAUCUGUCAGAAAUAUUUACUCUUCGACAAGAAGUGCUCAAUUCUGAGGCAAGUUUUUCGCCAAGGAGAAAACAUGAGGACACUUUUACCUGUACAAGAUUACUAGGUCAAUAUGAUGAAGAAUCCAUUCUACAAUCUGUCCACUGUCGGAAGUGGGGAGAGCGUCUUUAUUUAUCCGCUGGACGGCUCGGUCACUCUCCUUGGGUCGGGUACCAAAGACUUGGUGGUUCAUCGUCUCCGCCCGCCACCAGGGGGCGUUAAGACCAAACAUGUCGCCUACCACGGAGUGAUGAAGUAUAAAAGCCCAGACGAAACGAAGGAGGAAAAACAGCGGAAAGGGAUUCUGAAGAAUUCUUCAGGAAAUCAGUUAGAUGGACGCGAGGGGGCAUCUCAAAAACUUGACGUGUCUAAGAUUCAGUGUGUUUUAAAGAAAAGGAAAACCUCUGCAAAUGAGAAACAAUCAAAUAGCUCAUAUAGUUCUAAGAGUCAGAAGAAAGUGAAAUUUGAUGACAAACUUAAUAAACUGACUGAACUAGGUAUAAAGUAUAAAGCUAUGGAUCCAGACAUGCGCAGUCAUCCUGGCGAUGUAUCCCACAUCCGGCGACAGCAUCAAAUUCAGCGAAUUCCGGUCAAGUCUUGUCAAACUUCAGAGGUAUUACAUGAUCAGGAGAAAACAUCGAUGAAAAUUUCGGAUAUUUACGACUUAAAAGAUUCCCAUGAAAAUAGGACUGUAUCUCCAAGGUCGCUGUCAAAAUCUACAUCAACCAACAGCGGAAGUUUACAUCGCCGUACGUCAGGGGACUCGUAUCCGCUUAUUGAGACUGAUGCCGAGGAUUUUGUGCGGAUGGAUGUUUGUGAAGACGGAGUAAUUCCAACCUACAACCCGCGUGAAUCAACUUAUCAAGGGGAUCGUGAUUCAAGGAGUGGGGGAGAUAUGACGGAUUAUAGUAACAGGCUAAUUGAAAAUGGAAUCCCCGUAUUUACUAAGACUGGGAAGUUUGUUAGGACAACUAAACUCAAUAACUAUUUUCGUGAGAAAAAAUGUGAAGGUGAAACUGACGAUAGUAUGAAGCCAGACAAACCGAAUUAUCGUCUGCCUUUAGAAUCAAACCGGAAAGACAAAUCAAAUUCGAACCCAAGAGAAAUCAGAAGAGUGUCGUCUGCUCAGAAGUCUUCCAUGAAAACAACGACAAACAGUACUAGUGGUGCUAAAAUUACGCGGUCAAGCGUGAAGCCGUUCAUGUUUACUCGUUACAGUAAAGACCAGGGCCCUCCCCCCUCAUCUCAUCCAGACAUGAACAACAAUAAAAACUUCUGUGAUGAUUUCAAGACUUAUGAUAUCAUAAGAUGGCUAACCAGUGUCAAAGAGGUUCAGUCAAAAGAGGGUUUCUCGAGCUUCCCAAUCGAACACGGUGCACGUCAGUAAACCUUAAAACUUCAUGUGUCAGAUCAAGUGAAUAUGGUGCACUUGAAAACUUCUUAGCCCUGAAUGUGACUGAUAGUUAAAUUUCAGUAUUAUAUUUGCAACCCGGGUGCUUCUUAAGUGUCUCAGUUUUGUAAUAAGUUAUGGUCAGUUGUUUUUUGUGCUUUUUUGUUUUCGUUUUGUGCACUGAUUGUAUUUUUGACAAUUGUUUAUCUUAUGUAGGUACUACUACAUGUAUACUAGUUCACAUCCUGCUAGUAUAAGUUCAAUGUGUAUUUUAAAUUUGUUUUCAAUAAUUCAUUCCAUCUCUUGUAAUUCGGUGCAAAAUGAAUCGUCUUUUGCCAAGAAACUUUCGAAACCUGAUCACGUAUUUUCCCUCUUUGUAUUUUGUUUCGUUCAAAGAAUGGGCAUCAAGCACUGAAUUCCCCCUCCUCAUUUUCCCUCCCAGAUGUUGUUUAAAGAUAUUCUGUCCAACUCUGUUAUCCUUUUGUAAAGGACUAACUCAUAUUUAUUGUUGGGUUUCUGAAACGCCAUGGAAUUUGGAAAUUUUCAUGUAUUUACAAUGUAAUUACACGGAAUUAACUUUUUUACUAUAUUAGACAUACAUGUGCCACCUUAUUUAGAAAGGAAAAGACGAACUAAAUUAGGUGUGGUUUUUACUGAAUGAGGAAUCGUUGUUCUUAAUUUUUCGUUUAGAAGGACGCGAUUGACGUUUGUAACAAGUACACCGGUCACAUGAUCAAGUACACCGUUUCAAGGUCGACGAACUGCUCUGUUUCUCUCUUCUCGAUUUGUUUCUUUCUGUCAAAUUUUCGUUAACUCGAGAAGUUAGAACGAUAACGGGCAUGCACUUGUAAACAUAGGAUAUCUUUUCCCCCUUCUCUCAUUUAUACGGAGAGAAAGAGAGAGAAGGAGAAAAACUGGGAGGGAAUGAUUCUCGUUUGAUAUCACACAAGGACACUCUUGUAUAAACAAAUUAUGAAAUUGAAAUGAUCUGUAUUUUGACAAAAUUUCAAUCCUAUUGUAAAGUAUGCAAUUACUGUACCUGAGAUUUAAAUAGAUUAUAAUUAGCUUAAGCUCAUUAACACAUUGAAAGAUUAGUUUAGAUUAACAGGCCCCACAUGUUAUAAAGCGGUUGAUGUAGCAGUAAUAUCUGUUUCUGAUAUAUUUAUGGACUGAUAUAA